AUGUCACUGUGCGAUGUAGAAUCAGAGAGUUUACCCGAAAUCACACAAGAUUUUAGCGUAUUCGAGCUACUUUGGUCUCUUCUGACAGAGAAUCGUGAUCUUUUGUAUGACCUCUCUGACAUCGUUCACUACGCCAAGGUAAACAAUAUAAUUGAGCAAAAGAACACUCAAAAUAAGCGCAAAAAACCGUCAAAUGCUGUGAAUAAUCAGGUUUCCCCAAAUGCAGUUAACGUUAUCCCCGAACUAACCCUAGAGGACUACCUAGAAGUACUCGGGGAAUUCGUGGAGCACUUAAGAACAGUAGAACCGAAAUUAAAUGAAGUAGAAACUCAAGAAAUCGUUGAAGCACUUCUCAAAAUUAACAGUGAACCUCCGGAACCUGUUCCAUGUGAGUUUGAAGAGGUUCUUUUGGAGCUUUGUUCUGACGGAGUAACUCUUAGAAAUCAUGAUAAAAUUUCUCGAAUUUUAUCAUUUCUCGACGUCGACACACUCUUGUCACUCUCGUUAGCCUCAAAGAAAACGUUUUAUGCAGUUAAAGUUCACUUAAAUAAAGAAUUGUAUCAUUUACCUUUCAACAAAGAUACCAUUUGCACGAAUCUUAUCUUCUGGAUUGAGGGAAUUGACUUUUUCUUUAAGUCAGCCGGGACUCUAAAGCCAAUUGACAGAACUGAGUAUCAGCCGAUUUUGAAGAAUUUUAACACUGUUAAAUCUAUGUUUCCAGUGCCAAACGACUCAAUGUCGUCACAUGUUAUCGUCACCAUUGACUGUCUCAAGCCUCACUAUAUCGUCUACUGUAACCACUCGAACCCAAUGUCACACACUUGUUCCUCAUCCAAGUAUCAUCUUGCUAAUUCUAUAUAUAUUGCUCUUGAUUGGGACAACAAUGCAACCACGAAGAUAAUAACAUGCUCAGAGUUCAUAUCUGAGUAUAAGCAGAGACUUCAGGUCAGAGACGACCAGCUUGUCUGGUCGUUCAAUCCGAAUAAUAUAAACUCAAAAUUCCUUUGUCUUCUACUAAAACAUUAUUUGGAGACUCUCACUGAAUGCAUAUUAAACCAUGACGGUCAGAUUGAGUAUAGAAGAACUGAACUCAUAUCUAGUGCCAAACAUGGUAUUGUUCACAGAAUUUGGGUCCAGUUAUCAUUGAAGUGGGACUUUAGGUUCGGUCCAGAUCCUCAGAAUACACUUUAUCUCACCAUUGCUGACCACUUUAGACUUGAUACGUGA